AUGCGUCCAACUUCACUUCCAAAGUGCCUGCUGCAGGUAGCAGCUUGUGGUAUUGCACUCGUUACUUUCGUUCACGCAGCACCAGAUGCAACUGUUCUUACAACCGUCACUCGUUACAGAAUAUCGGUCGUUCCACAAUACACGACUUAUACUGAUACCACUUUUUCGAUUAUUACUUAUACCGCACCACCUGUAAUCCAUACUGAAUAUGUCACUGCAACAGCAUUUAAACAAAGCACUACCACUGUGAUAGAUGGGACUACGACUAUAUUCCCGGAAGCUUCGACUGUAUAUGCGUCCGAAUGCUCUAGCACAUUAUCUUCUUCUGCAUCCGUUUCAUCGGAUGUUUUAAGCAGCUCAAGCACUACAUCUUCUGAAUUUGCUUCCUCUUCCGGAUUCACGGUUCCACCAGUGAGUGGUGUGGUUUCGUCUACGCUAGAUCCAGGUGUUGAACCCACCACUUCUGCUCCACAGAUCACCCCCGAGCCACCUACUACGACUAAUGGAGGAGGUGAGCUUUCUUCUGAGCCAGGAGAACCAGUUACCACUCAGCCACCUGCUGGACCAACUCGUGUUUCAUCUGCCGAUACUCCCGCUGGUACUUACAACGCAGUGGAUUGUUACUCGGACAAUGAGGGUACUGGCUACCCAUUAGCUCCACCUGUCACCGACAAUGUCGAUCCAAAGAAUUACGAUACACCCAGCAACUGUGCUAGAUUCUGUUCUACAGCCAAUGUGGGCGGCCCGUUCAGAUAUGCCGGAAUCGGCCCAGGACACUGUUACUGCUCGAACGGCUUGCUUUCCGCAGAACCAAUUACCGAUUGCUUUUACGAAUGUCCAGGUGAUUCGACACAAAUAUGCGGAGGAGGUUCUUCCUCUACCAGAAGACUCAGACGCCGUGCGCCUCCCGUCGCGAUUAUUAUCUAUGAAUUAGCUGGAUAUGUCCCCCCAACCUCAUCCGCCGUUACUGAAAUCCUUCCAACUGAAACGCCAGGCGUUUCUUCGACGGAUAUCAUCGUCACUGAGGGACCAGGUGUUACUUCUGCAACUGAAGUUAUUCCCAUCGAAACCCCCGGAAUUCGUUCAACAGAAAUCAUUGUCACCGAAGGCCCAGGAGCUACUUCUGCAACUGAAGUCAUUCCUAUUGAGACUCCAGGAGUUAGCUCUACUACUGAAGUCAUUCCCAUUGAGACACCAGGUGCUAGCUCUACAGAAGUUAUUCCUAUCGAGACCCCAGGAGUUAGCUCUACUACUGAAGGUAUUCCUAUCGAAACCCCCGGGAUUAGUUCUACAGAAGUCAUUCCCAUCGAGACCCCAGGGGCUAGUUCAACCGAAGUCAUCGUCACUGAAGGACCAGGCGCUCCCUCUACCACCACUUCAGAGUCGGCUGAGGGGACUAGCACUGGUGUUCCACCUGUCAGCGGUAUAGUAUCUGGUAGCACCACAACCACUGAAGCACCCGAAUCUACUUCCGAGGGCGGAGAAGUCGGAGAGACUAGUACCAUCGUUCUAGCAUCUAGCACUGAGAUUGAAGUAACUCCUGGCUUUUCAACAUCUACUUCUGAGAGCGGAGGUGUUGGAGAAACCAUUACUUCCAUUGGUGUAACAUCAACCUUUGUACCAACAUCCUCUACAAGCUCCCCUCCAGCAUCCACAUCCAGCGUUGGUCCUUAUAAUUAUGUUUGCUCAGGUGUUCCAAAUCUGUUCAACGUAGUUAUUGAUGAACCUGGAAAGCCAAAACAAUGGUUAUCUCAGCUUAACUAUCCAGAUACUGGACUUGUGGAGAAUACCUGGGGAUAUGACACGUUACCAGUGGUAACAUCGGAAUCACAAGCAGCUCGUUUCCGUGUUGGAGCAGGCAACACUUUCCAAAGCACACUUCAAUCUAAUGGUGCACCAAUCAUUGGUGCUGUUCGAUUGACUGCUUUAGGAUCUCCUCUUCAACUCUUUACUGCGGAUCAUAUUGCAGAUAACAUGAGGGUCUUCACUACCACUGUUGGUUCGGAUUGUUCACUUGGCUUGGAUAUUACAAACACCGGAAACAAUAUUCUGGCUCAAUGUAGUGGCGUUCUUACUAUCUUGACACCAGCUAAACAGAUCCAAAAGGGAGAUUCAUGUGUACAAGUUAGGGCUUAUGCUGUUGCAUAUCUUGGACCUUCAUCAACAUCGUUAACAGCUAGCUCUUCGACUAUUGAAGUACUUCCAACUGGUUCAUUUUCGAGUGGAUUCAUGGAAACAACUGUACCAUCUGGAACAGUUGGUUUAGAGACAACUUCUUCGACUUUCUCGCCAAUUACAUCUGCAACAUCAAUCGCUGGAUGUCCUGUUGCACCAUAUUUCAGAAUCCUUGUAAAUGAGACAGGCAUGCCUCCACAAUAUUUAUGGGAUCCUGUCUCAUUCGAUGAUGACGCUUUAUCAUUCACCGUUGAUGCAUCAAAAAGUUUGACCUUCUCAUUGUCACCCACUACUGGUCAACUUCAAUUCAAUAUUGUAAAUUUCUUCGGAAACCCUGUCGUGUUAGCAUCUAAUCAAGAUACGCACAAUGCUGGAAAUGAGCAAAUUUUCUUCUCUACAGCAGCGAAAUAUCAACAACUUGGUUACCAACCUGUUGUUGCAACUAUCAAUCCAGAUUGUUCUAUCGGUUUGACCUUACCAUACAAUGCUGCCAAUAUCAUACAAGCUUGUCGUGGAUCGAUUUAUUUGAUGUUGACACCUGGAGCAGGCUGUGUGACAGUAUCAUUAUUGAUUCUAAGUUCGGCGAGUCUGGAAAGUCCCUCCGAAUUUUCGACUGAAGUCAUUGCUUCUACUUCAUCAGUUGAAUUUUCUAGCGGAUUACCUACUACCAGCUCGCCCGUCUUUACGAACACGCCGUCCGCGGUGCCCAGUUCGUCUUCUUUUGUAUCAUCUUCUUUCUUUGAUCAAACAUUCUCUUCUUCCGAGGGACCUUCUACCUCGACAACAGCCGGCUUCGAGUCAAGCGUUCUAUCUCAAACCCUCCCGACUUCCACUGAACAAGAAUCCCAAAUUUCUUCGUUCACUUUCGAAACUCUUUCUUUAUCUGCCACACCUUCUGCUUUCGUCCCAAGUUCAACCCCUGCCGCCCUCUCUUCAUUCGAAGCUAGUUUGGCAUCUUUCUCAGCUGUUCAAUCUUCCGGUUUCAGCACUCGGUUUUCCGCCACUUCACUUUUGAGUUUUGAACCUUCAGAAGCUCAAAGCACUACCAUUCCAUUCACGUCAAAUGCUGCCUCUUCGAGUUUUGGAGAGGGAACUUCUAGUGGGAUUCCGCCAGUAGAAAACACUGUUUCUGGAUCAACUACUUUUACGGAACGGAGUGGCUCGUCUACUUUUGAAGAAUCAUCUUUGUCUCAAAUCACGACUUCUUCCGAAUUAGCCGAAACCAUAUCCCACUAUAUAUCCUCGACUGAGAUCCAGCCCAGCUCUUCUAAUUUCCCUGUCGAAAGUUCUGGUUCACAGAGUGUGGCUACUUCGACAAGCUCAGAGAUUGUUUCUGAACCACAAGGGACAAUCACAUCGGGUCUUGAAGGUCAAUCAUCUGCCUUGUCUUCAGCACUGGGUAUUUCUAGUCAAUUGUCCAACGAGAUACUGCCAACCUCCACAGGAAUCACAUCUUUGGAUACGGAGAGUCCAUCAACCUUUGGCUCUGAAUCUUCAACGGCAAUCACUUCCAACUUUGAGACUGGUACCUCGAGCAGCCCACCAUUAUCUUCUUCGAUUGAACUCCCUGAGUCGUCAAUCAUAUCACAGGCCUUACCUACGAGUACUAACUCGUUGGAGUCAUCUCAAUUAUCCGUCACUUCUCAAAGUGAAAGUGCCUUUCCCUCGCAGACUGGCACUACAAUUCAAUUGUCUGAAGGUGUGAGUAGUACCAAUAUUUUCUCCUCUCAAGCACUAUCGGCCAGCCCAUCAAAUACUGUAGCAUCUAGUACACUUCAAGAGUCCAGUGGCCUUCUAUCGGUCACCCAAACAAAUAGUCUGUCCGAGUCCGCAUUUCCAAGCGUGGAAACAUCACUUGGAGUUACAAGUACUUUCGUAGGAUCGGCAAGUCAAUCCUUCGAAGUUUCGAGCAGCCUUGAAUCAAUCACGCCUUCAGAAAUCUUCAUCGGUACAACUGGAAUAUUUGAAUCGAGCAUCGAGCCGACUCUUGGGGCCACAAGUGAUUUGGUAGAAUCAUCAAGUCAAUCUUUUGAGGCCUCGAGUACCGUUGGAACGAUUGUACCUACAGGAAUCUUCAUCAGCACAACUAUAAUUGUUGAAUCAAGCAUCGAACCAACUCUCGGUGCUACAAGUGGUUUGGGAGAAUCAUCAAGUCAAUCUUUUGAGACCUCGAGUAUCAUUGGACCUCUUGUACCCACAGAGACAUUCUUUAGCACGAUUGCCUCUGUCGAGCUAAGCUCGUCUUUUGAAACCAGCAGUGGUAUUCCGCCAAUUGAAACCAUAGUGUCCGGAAGUAGCACGAGUACUUUGGAUAUUCAGUCCACGGUUGAAAUUACAAGUGGUCUUGGAUCCAUUGUCUCUACGACUGGGUCAAUCGAAUCGAGCCUGUUUGAGUCUACUAGCAAUACUAUCGGCGCUAUAACAACGUCUACAGAUGUUGAGUUUGUUAGCUCAACGCAAAUAGCAGAAAGUACCAGCCUCGAAAUCGCAAGCAGCUUUGGAUCUAUUGUUCCCACCCAAACUUUUAUUGCCACUUCUGUAGAACCUAGCUCAUCUGAAGCUCUCAGCAAUUCAGCUGGCGCUGCUGGAACAAGCACAGAGCUUGUCCAAUCGAUACAGAUUUCAGAAAGUUCAAAUCUGGCAUACACAUCCACAGGCUCUUUUGAAACGUUGACUUCAGAAUCAGCUUUGGGAAGUACCGCCCAGAUUACUUCCGAGUCAAAUCUGGUCCAAUCCACCAUUCCACCCGUGGCAACCAGUGAAUCUUUACUCUCUACGACGAGUGAUAUCAUUCCUAUAUCCACUUCAAUUGAGAUCAUCACCAGCUCAGAAUUAGUGAGUGCAGAGCCAUCGUUGAUAGUAUCCAGUAGCUUGCCAGCUAUCACCAGCGAGACUAGCUCUGAGGUUCUGAUUCCUUCUAGCACUAUUGAGCUUAUCAGCGUGUCACAGUCACUCACUUUGGAGCCAUCUUUCUCUUCUGGUACCGCUAGUGAACCUGCAUCUUCUACAUCGGAUCUAUUCAUUGCACCUUCUUCCACAAUCGAGUCUAUCGGAUCUGAAUCUUUCACCUUACAGCCGUCUUUGGGGGUUUCGAGCAACUCGGUGAUCUCCUUUGAAAUUGCAAGUUCUACAGGCUUCGAAUUAACUCUUAGCAAUGGUAAUGGACAAAGUGGUAGCAUAUACACAUCGUCCAUCACCAGCUCUGGCUUUGCAACUUUGACUCAGAGUCCUGUCUUGAGUACCGAGGGCUUGAUUUCGGAGAGUGCUGUCGAGACAUCUUUCCCUAGCCAAACUUCCAACCCCUUUGAGAUAUCGAGUGACAUUCAGACAUUGACCUCAGGUCAGAUAUCUAGCUCGUUUGAGAUGUCAAGCCCCAUCCAGACAACUACUUCUGCUCAGACAUCGAACGAUAUUCAGAUAUCCAGCACUUCUCAAACCUUCAUCGCUGUUGAAACAUCAAAUCUUGUUCAGACAAGUAGCCUCUUGGAAACAUCGACUGAUGUUGGUCCUUUUGAGCCCACUUCGACCUUACUGAGUGCUUCUUCCACUGGAAUUGAAGCAUCCAACAUUGACUCUACAUCACUAAAUAGUGGAGGACCAUCUACUACAUUAUCGGAACCAAUUGGUAGCACUAUUUUGCCAGUAUCAGAAUCUCAAUCGAUCGAAAUAUCAACGAACGCUCCAAGCCCUGGUACUCUCGAGCCUUCUAGUCUAAUCACUUCACUGGUAAUAAGCAGUGCAUUGGAAACUAGCCUUGUGAUAUCUCUUCCGCCUUUAUCAACGAGUGAUCUUGGAAUUAUUACAGAUAUUCCUCCAUUGCAGACAGAAACAGCUUCAUCUUUCACUGACGUAUUGAGCCUGAGUGAUUCGUCAGCAGCAGCGAGCAGCUUUUUCUCCGAGAUAACAAGUGGUAUUUCGAAUGAAAUUUCGACAUCUGAGGGAAGUGGUUCAAUCGCAUCCUCGACAGCUCAAGGAACUAGCAGUAACGUAUUCCAGUCACCAAUCCCAUCUGCCCCUACAACCAAUGAAGGAUUAAUCACUAGUUCUUUGGAACUAGGUGUUUCAGGCAGCUUAACCUUAUCUGUAGAGCCCUCGACUGGAUCAUUCGAAACUUCCACGUUUGAAAGUCUGCCAGGGCCAUCCAGCACCGAAUUAGGCUUAUCGACCUCGUCUCUGAGUGAUGGGCCUGUAUCUUUCUCAGCGUCUGAGACCGAGAGCAACAUUGCUUCUCAAUCAACAGUUCUGUCAGUUGUAGGAAGUGAAACUUUGCAAUCAUCUGUGGUCCCCAGUAGUCUUGAAGAGACUCUGACAUCAGCUGUUUCUACAUCCUUCGAAAUAUCGAGCACUGGAUUUACAUCCAUCGCUUCCACAAACUUAGGAACACAGAUUUCAAGCAUUGAAUCUGAAGCUUCUGUGACUUUGAUAGUUUCAAGUACCACGGUUAUAUCUAUACCAAUUGAAGUGAGCAGCAUCAGUUCAUCUAUUUUAGUCAUUGGAGAAAGUACUUCUCUUACAAGUCUUGAGGCCUCUUUCUCGAGUGGAUUCGCGGCUAUUUCGACCUCGAUUGAUCCGCUGGUAACAUCUUCCAUACCUGCAAACCCAAGUGAGUCUUUAUCCAUGAGUGAACUGCAAAGUUUCUCGUCGGCCGGAACAUCGACUCUCUUGCAAAUUACGGCCACAUCAAUCCAAAGUUUCGCUCCUUCGUCAAGUGCAUCAAGUUUCUGCGUCGCUGGUACAGGCUCCAGCUCUCAAGAUAAUUCCGACCUAUGCUCCUUUACUUGCAAUUUUGGAGAAUGUUCCGACCCAUGUACAUGUACUGCAUAUGCAGUCUCAGCCGUCGCACCUCCACCUGUGGUCAAUAGACGUGGCUAUGCUCUUGCUGGCUUUGAUGCUGAAACCUACGAUCCGCUCUGCGACUUUGCAUGUAAUCAUAGCUUCUGUCCUCCUGAAACCUGUACAUAUAAUUCGGACGGCUCUCCUAUUUCGUCUAGUUCCCUUUCAGCGACUCUAUCAUUCUCGAUUUCAUCGGUUACUGAGAGUGGUUUCAUCACAUCGGCAAUCCCAUCAGCUUCACUCGAGAACACCCAAUCGGCUCUAACAUCUUCAUUCCAGCCAUCAUCAACUCUAGUCGAAUCUAGCACGGAAAUUUCACCUGUGACCAGCGUGGUAUCUGGUAGUGAGACUUUGGAUACAUUACAAUCUCAGUCCACUAAUAUCGAGCAAUCUGCUGUCAUCUCUUCCGGAACUUUCACGGUUGUUACCACACCAAUCGAAUCAUCUAUAUCGGCAUCAAACGGUGGACUCGAAACCUCCGCCGCAUCUAGUGAUGAAGUUAUUACUCCAUCGAUCGCUGUGAGUACCACAUUAAUCGAUGUUUCUAUAUCAGCAUCAAACAGUGGACUCGAAACCUCCACCCUCUUCACUGAUGAAGUUAUUACUCCAUCAAUUGCUGCCAGCACCACAUCAAUCGAUGUUUCUACAUCGGCAUUGACUAGCGGACUCGAAACCUCUGCCACUUCUAGUGAUGAAGUUAUCACCACCUCGAUUGCUGCCAGCACCACGUUAAUCGAAGCUUCUGUAUCGGCAUCUACCCCCUUUACUGAUGAAGUUAUCACACCUUCGAUCGCUGCCAGUUCAACGCUACCUCCUGGUUCCACCAUUGAAAAUAUCUCGGCUGGUAGUACUGGAUUUAUCAGUUCAUCGCUAUCACCAGAACUGACAAGUAUAAUAGCUGGAAGCUCAGGAUUACCAUUGACUACGGGCAAAAUAGCCGAGUCAUCAUCUGAGGUGACAAAUAUCGAGACUACAUCAGCCUCAGGUUCCUUAGCAGCCACCACUUCGUCUCCCUUAAUUGAAGUGCCUUCAAUUCUCAGUCUUUCAACCUUUGAAUCUGGUACCAUUCCUACGUCAAUUCCUGGUAUAGAAACAAAUUCUGAGGUUGGAUCAUCGGUCCCUGCUUCGUCUUUUGUCUCAAGUGUUUUGAUAUCGACGAAUGAGUUCACAUCUCUGCCAACCGAGUCCACUCAGACUUCCAGUAGCCCAGAAUUUGGGUCAAGCAGUGCUGCUAUCUCGACGUCUGGUAUAGAAAUUGAAUCCCAAUCUGGAACCUCAACCCUCACUACUUCAUCCCCUUCGAUUGAAGUUUCUCUGAGUGCUAGCACUUCAGUUUUUGAAUCCGAUUCAGCUAUUGUUUCAACCACUGGUAUAGAAUCAACCGGAGCAGGGAUUUCAACUGUUGGAAGCUUGGAGUCUGGCACUUCAUUAUCUUCACCGAUUACGGAAAUUGGCACAACCUCCAGUGGAUUUUCAUCCUUACCAACUGAGACUUCUCAAAGUCUGAGUGGCUCAGAUAUUGUAACAAGCCUGGCUGCAGAGCCAAGUUCCGUUAUUGCUGUCUUGAGUACUGGAACUCAAUCUACUCUAAAUGCCGAGACAUCUGAAAUUAUCGGGGGCGCAACAGGCUCUUCAACUGAGAACUUUUCAGGUGUUGUGAGUACUACGACCGUGAGCACGAUUGAAUCUACAAAUUCGAUCGAGACAUUCGUUUCCUCCCUGAGCUCGGUGGUUGAGACUCAGUCACUUCCUACAACUAGCCUUGGCUUGUCAGUACCCCCGUCAAGUUCGGUCGACAGCCUUACCUCUCUUAGUGAGAUAUUAUCGGCCCCUACCAGUACCCCUUUGUCGUCAAGUCUCAUUGAAGCUUCUGAGAUUAUAUCGAGUCCGCCAGCUCAGUCUACGAGCUCUAUAAUUGGGACUCAGUCUGAAAUUACAUCGGAUCUUGGUGCCAUCAGCUCUACUCCUGUGGUGACCUCAGACACACUCAUUUUGACGCUUGGAUCACAAACUUCUGAACUUGCUUUACCUUCUGCUGUCAGUUCUAGCACUGGCUUUGGAUCUUUGAGUAGUCAGACCGUUUCUGAGGUCCCAUCAUCGACACAAGACAACUCGUCGGUAGGAACUUCGACUGAACCAGCUGGAUUAUCGCAAGAGAUUUCCAGCGCUCAAACUACAGAAAUCUCCUCGUCAAUUCAAGGAGGCCUUUCUACAAUUACGAUAUCCGACCCACCUCUACCGGCUACGUCUUCCAGCUUGGUUGAAACCUUAUCGUCUGAAAUCUUGAGUGCAAGUGGAACAAUCACAAACCUUGAGACCACCAUUAUUGUGACCGUGAUUUCGACAUCCGCUUCUGAUUUUGCCACUGAAUCUGGAUCAGUCAUUCCUUCAUCAGCGACUGAUAUAUUGGGCUCGAUCCUCCCAAGUCUUUCGGCUUCGCCUUCAGCCUCCCAGACAGAUUCAUUACCUCAAACAAUUUCAGUAUCCUUGAGCUCCGUAACAUCCACAAUCUCGAGUCUAGAGUCUAGUUCAACAAGCACAGCUUCGUCAGGAAUAUCUAGUGAGUCUGUAUUCGCUCCAGCGUCGUCGACGGGCCAAUCCUUGGGAGCAACUCUUUCAAGUGCUUCCGUUUCGUCUUCUCAGAUAAACUCUGAAGGAACUAUAUCUUCAAGCAUUGUCCUUUCAAGUGCAUCAUCAUCGGAGUCCUCUACCAUUGAGUCAGUCUCAUCUGCCAGUGGAUCUGGAACCGCUCUUCCUCCCAUUGAUAGUGCAGUCUCUGGAAGUUCUAGUUCCAGUACCGCCUUUGAGACCACAUCUUCAGCAUCCGAAUCUCAAGAUUUGAACACUGAGUCAUCAUCUGCAACUUCCACUACCGGAGGCUCAAUAAGUUCGAACAAUCUAUCUCUUAGUACAAGUACAAGCCAAUCACUUUCGGCAUUGGAAUCAGAGACUAGUUCUUUGAUCUCCUCCAGCUCGAGUACAGGAGCAGCAUCAAGUUCCGAAUUUCCCAGCAGUACGAUUUUCAGUUCAAGUCCCUCGUCAUCUUUCACAUCCUCUAGUGCAUCUGCAAGCGCCACAGCGCCAUCUGCCUAUAUUGGCUGUUCUUCCAACUCAACAGGCACUCUAGAUGGACCAUCAACGUUCUCAUCAGGCAUGACGCCCGCUAUCUGCUCAACUAUUUGUUCUGCAUACGAAUAUUACGCAGUUGAGAGUGGAGUCAAGUGUGUAUGCGGUAAUAAUAUCCAGUCAAGUGGUGUCUUGCCAGGUUCGAAUUGCAAUGCUACUUGUGGGGAUGGAGAUGGUACUUCCUCUUGUGCACGAGUAUCUGCUUCUUCUAGUGCCUCAACAUUGAUCACGCUCCUAAGGCCUAGGAAGAUUGCGGCUACGGGGAAGUAUCGUAGGAGGUGGUAG